UUGGAUCAAAAUGUAAGUUUUACUUCAACAUGUGCAUUGUAAUAACCCAAUAGUGGAGAAAAACAAAAGUAUGAAUAAUUAUUUCCAGCUUCCUGCUUGAGAUAGUAGAGCUUAGUUUGGUAAUAUUUUUCAAGAACGAAUCAGAGACUCGAAAUCUGCCUUUAUAAUAAGAUUAGAACAAGAUAUAUAUCACAUAUUAUAGCCAAGAGUGUUACGUAAGAUGUGCUGAAUUAAUUCAAUUCUAUUGUAUCAUUUGAAACGAUGUUUCAUCAUUUUCAAGGCGUUUUAAUGUAGAGUCCCCCAAUGUCCGGCUUAUUUUGAAUGCACCAUCUCUUUAAAUUCUGCCGUAAAUUACAGAGUAGACGCGCAUUUCGACAGGGAGGUUGGAAGUCGGCGCGACACAACACCUGUUUGCACUUUUGCUCUUUGCUGCUCGACGCAUCUUCUGAGGCGGGGGUGGCGUGAUAGGGGCCGUGGUGAUGCACUGAAACUUAAAAAAAACAACAACAACUCACACUCUGUUGCUCAGUUCGUAAAUAGACCCGCCUUCCUUCUGAAAAUAACCGCGGAGAACUGAAACAGGAAACUUGUGCGCUGCUUCACCUUCUUCCAGCUCACCCGAUGCGGGAUUUGACGCUCAAACACCGAACUGGCAUAAGCCGCGCACAUCCCUAGCUCUGCUCCCGGAGGAGUCGGUAGAUAAUAAAAAAAAAAAAAAAAAAAAAAAUCAGACAGAUGACCUCCUUCUACGACGAAAAGGAUCUGGAGGAAGACCUCAGUCGAGCCAGUUACCCUGAUGAGGAUUUGCAGUUUGAGUACUUGUUUGAAUAUGAGCCGCCUUGCAGCGACUUUGCAGGAGGAGAUCAAGAUGACCCUGGCCUUGCCACUCACAAGGUGCUCAGUUCUGAAUCUGAGCAGGUUUUCCCUUUGGAUGAGCAGUACAGGAUCAAGUCCUGCAACUCCCCCUACUCCAACCUCAACCCCGAAGUUCUCUCAGGGUACGAAAACCAGGAGGCCAGAAACUACCUGGACAACACCCGGCCGCCAGGUCUGGCCCUGAGCCCCCGGAUUGAGAUCACCCCGUCCCGAGAGCAUUACAGUCAUGGCCGGGACUCGCUGCCAAACCAGCACCUGAACCUCAGCCCUAGACCCACCCUCACUGUGCCCGGCCAUGAGAACCUCGCCUACCGUGAGCCCCAGUGCCUGAGUCCCGCCAGCAGCAACUCCUCCACCAGCUGGCACUCUGAGAGCUACUCGCCCUGGGCGUCCCCCUGUGUUUCACCCAGUAGUGGCCCAAAUCCAGCAGAUCUCUGCCCCCGCAUGCAGAACAUCCACACCGGUUCCCCACGCACCUCCCCGGGUACCUCCCCUCACACCAGCCUCGGAGAAGACGGCGGCCUGGGAGCACGCUCGCCCUCGCCCCGGCCACGCUCCACCUCCCCGCAGGGCAAGCGCACCUACGAAAUGUACCGGAAUCCAGGGCUGAUGCCUGGGCAGCGGUCCCGCAGUCCGUCCCCGCACAGCGGCCAGGAGGACCCCAACACGGGCGCUCAUUUCACACACGCCGGCCUUGUUGAGGGUGUGAAUGGAUUUGGCAGCAGUCAGCCAGGCAUGGUGCCCACCAAAAUAGUCAAGACCUCCAACCAACUUUACGCUUUAAUCCCAGAGAAUCACGGAGAUGGGAACUACUUGGUGUCCUGUGAUCAGGACAUUAAAACCAAACCUGCUGCAGAGCCUUUCUAUGUCAUCCCACCAAUCUGGCCCAAGCCGCUGGUUCCCAAUCUCUGCAACCUCCCAUUGGCUACAGCACCACCACUAGAGUGGCCCCUUCCCAGUCGCACAGACCAGUAUGAGCUCCACAUUGAGGUGCAGCCCAAGCCGCACCACAGGGCUCACUAUGAGACGGAGGGAAGCAGAGGCGCAGUUAAAGCCCCCACAGGAGGACAUCCAGUGGUGCAGUUGCACGGCUACAGAGGCAAAGACCCAGUUGGCCUCCAGAUUUUUAUUGGUACCGCAGAUGAGCGCAUCCUGAAGCCUCACGCCUUUUAUCAAGUUCACCGGAUCACCGGCAAGACGGUCACCACCAACAGCUACGAGAGGAUCAUCAACGGCACCAAAGUCCUGGAGAUCCCGCUAGAGCCAAAGAACAACAUGAAAGCCAUAAUCGACUGCGCUGGCAUCCUGAAGCUCAGGAACGCCGACAUCGAGCUGAGGAAAGGCGAGACGGAUGUCGGCCGGAAAAACACCCGGGUCCGACUUGUGUUUCGCGUGCACAUAUUUCAGCCUGGAGGUCAGGAUGUCUGUCUGCAAGUGGCCUCUCAUCCCAUCGAGUGUUCUCAGCGUUCUGCACACGAGCUUCCCAUGGUGGAGAAACAGGACAUGGACAGCUGCUCCGUCCUGGGCGGCCAGCAGAUGAUCCUGACUGGGCAGAACUUCAGCUCCGACUCAAAGGUCAUCUUUCUGGAGAAGACCCACGAUGGCCAGCAACUCUGGGAAAUGGAAGCAACAGUGGACAAAGACAAGAGCCAACCUAGCAUGUUGUUCGUGGAAGUGCCAUCUUACCGGGAUACAUCCAUAUGCCAACCUGUCAAAGUGAACUUCUACGUUAUUAACGGCAAACGGAAGCGCAGUCAACCUCAGCAUUUCACCUUCACCCCACUGACAUCUCCUGCCAUAAAGACAGAACCUCUAGAUGAAUAUGAAGCACAAAAUAUGGGCUUUGGUAUUCCUCAGAUCUUAGGCUUAUCGCCUCAGUCCUACUACCACAAUCCUCGUGGCAUCCUUCACCCAGACAAUGGCCUACUGUCUGGCAUGGCUUCCUGUCAGCGUUUCAGCCCCAACCUUCCAAACCAAGACGCGCGUUUCCAGCAGCAAAGCCCGGCUAUUGUCUACUCUCGAGGUGGGAAGAGCCUCAGUAGCAGCCCAGGCACGUGGCACUCCGGCGGGGUCAUGCCUGACCCCCACCGGUCGGUGCUGGUCCACACAGGCUCACCAGCUCAGUCUGUAGGUCCCAUCAGUUCAGGCCAGCACCCAUCUAUCAUCCAGUUCUCCCCUACCAACCACCACUUGCUCAGGGCUGGAGACACGGAGACUCUCCCUCCUCCUCAGCCUGAUAACCAGCAGAUCCUUUUCUGCGAUGACUACCCUCCGCAGGCUGGAUCCCACUCACCUGGACACCCCCAGGCCCAGGCAGCGGUGACCCACCAGCAGCCCUGUCCCACUGUCAUCCAGCAGCAGCAGCAGCCGUUUGGGCAGAAGGAGCCCCAAAAGGUCCGGGUGUCGCCCGGGACACAGCCGAUGGAGGUUACCGAAGACGCACAGAGGAGGGUGACGGUCAAGGAGGAGAACUUGGACCAGGCCUACCUAGAUGAUGGUGAGUUGAAUGAAAUCAUCAGAAAGGAUCUGACGGGGGUUCAGGCCAGAGGUCAGACAUAGACAACAGAGCGAAACAGGAAGCGACGGCCUAUUCCUCUUCCUGUGCUACCCACAGACAGACACUCAUCAAUGCAAUCAUCUACUCUCCAGCAAGGUGGCGCUCAUCCCUCUGCCAUCUCAUCUUCUGGCCAUUGUUUUCCUUUAAACAUAGAGACCGGAACUUCAGCUCCUGGUUGCUGUGUUUGCUUUGGACGGUUUGCUGCAAUAAACACUUUGUAAACAGAGGAGCUCAUUUUACCAGUAACAUCUGCCACCAGCACCACGAGGGAUUACUGAGAAAACACAGGGACAUGCACCUUAUUUUGAUGAAAAUCUUCACAAGUAUAACCUCAGAAACCAUCUAAAAAGAGAAAUGAGUGGAAUAAAGGUAAUAAUUCCUUAAACACGUCCAUAAAAAAAAGCUUUAUCCGCUCUGUUCCGGCAAUAAACUCACACCUCUUGCCUUAUAAUAGCAAAUAUCUGGUUUGUAGCAUGCAGCUGUUUCACCAAAAAUGUCUAACAGGUUCUUGCAAAACCAAAAACAAAGCACAAAUCAAUGUUCUCUUACGGCUUGUUAUAUUUUUCAGCCCUACUUGCACAAGGUUUGUCUGUAAGUUUCUUUCUGUUGCUUUUCCAAAGCGUUCAUGCUCAUCAUCUCAUUUUAAGUGCAGUUUUGUGCUGGAAGACAAACGCACACAGCCUUAAACAUAAUCUGUAAAUGAACUAUUGGGACACUGCCUGUAAUGCACUGUUUUCAAACAGGGUGGUUGAUGUUAUGGCUUCUUAUAUCAUUUGAGUCAUCAGAGUAAAUGAAUAUUUUAUGCUUGUUUUGCAAUAGUAAUUGUUACAGUAACUGGUGAUGAUGCAAUAUUACAUAUAUCUCUGCACAUAUCAAGAGCCAACAGUGCCACAAUCCAAUAAAUAAUGUUUAAACAUUAAUGUAUUCAUUCAUUUAAAUAAAAUUGUAAUAACUACAUUAAAUAAUAAUAUGUAAUGCAUUAAUAAUGGUUUCAAUUUGUGGUAAAAUUAUAUGUAAUAAUUCAGUAUGUUUUUGUGUGUCCUCUAUUACAAGUCUGCAACAUUAACCCAGACAGCCGUUUUUUAUUUAAUUCUGCUAAAUAAACUCAUUGAAAAUGACCUUUUGAAAAAAGACAAAUUAUAAUUCUCUAAAAAUGUCUACAACUAAAAAUAUGUCAAUUUUUAAUAAUCGCCUUUUAGUUACUUAUUUAGGUUUUAAAAUAAAGAAAAACAAAAACUUUGUAAAAAAAAAAACAACAAUUAUACAUUUUCUUCUGCAGUAUGUUGGUAUUUGUAGAAAAUUAUGUAAAACGUAAUGAUCUAAAAGAAUAUUACUGCUGCUUUUAGUAUCAUCCUGUUGUAAAAAUUUAAUGCAAAUAAUCCGUGAAAAACAAAAAAGUAAUGCUGCCAAAAACAUGUCAUUGCAUCUGUAUUUUCACGUAUUACUCAGCUAUCAUGAGUUCAGCUCGGAGGUUCCCUGUAAUAAAUCAUCUGAUUGGAUAACCUGGACAGACACUCAGCUGCAGACCAAUCAUAUUGUCUAUAGCAAAAUCAUCCUCUAUGGCAACAUAAAACCUAAAGCAAGUGAAUAAAAACAAAUUCUAUACGCUUUCUGCUUGUAAUUAAUAUUGAUUUAAAUUAUUUACACAUUUAAUAACUUUUUAUAUUUAUACAUGUAUGUAUACAUUUAGCUGAUUAUAUUUAUUAUUUAUUUGGAUUGUGGCAUUUUUCAGCCCUUGAUAUUCACAUGCUCUAUUCCGGUCUUGUAAUUUUCUUUGUGAAAUAAAAUAAAAAUGGA